AUGGCUGAAGACUUCAAGAAGUAUCUGGCGGGCGAGGUUCUAAAUGAGCAGCGAACAGUAUCCUACCGCACUCUCUCGCGAGCCUUGAAAGUGCAUGUCAAUGCCGCAAAAUGCAUGCUCUACGAAUUUUACGACUUUCAGAAUACGAAGAAGCCCCAAUCGGUCUAUGCUACCUAUCUUUUAUCGGGGAUAAAGAAGACACCGACACUUGCUGUGGUCACGAAUGGGACCGCGAGAAGACACGUAUCCGACGACGAUCCAGACGAACAUAUUCCUUCAAGUCCACCUCCAUUCACCAGCUCGAUGCUCGAACCAAGCCAACAGAGUAGUCACGUUGAAGAAGAGGAGGUACAACAACUGCCUGUACGAACUAUCACGCUGGUGAGGGAAGAGACUCUGGAAGCGGUGAAAGAAGAAUACGAAACCAUCACAUCCAUACACAUCUACAGCCUUUCUCCUACGCGGCUACAAGAUCUUGUUACGUUGACCGAUAUCAGUCGAAGUCUAUUCAUAAAUGGCAUUGCGGCUGAACAUAGCAAGACCUACGGUCUGAUUCAGAACCCGGAUGUCCGGCGGCGGAAAGGCAAGAGACCGGUCAUUCUGCGAGGACCUGCAUCAAAAUCUCAACCUAUCAAAGAGGAGAACAAGAAGACUCUGUUCAGCAGCACAAAACAGACUCCUAAAGGAUCGGCUGCUGCUCCACCUGUCAAAUCCGAAGAACACUCACGCCCCAGUUCUCGCGACAGUACCUCGACCUCCAGCUCCAGCAAACAGCCGACCCUGAGACGAGAUGCGUCCGACCUCUUUAAAGCCUUCGCCAAACACGGUCGUCCAAAAUCAACACCUGCCGCCACUCCAAAGUCUACCAGCCAAGACCCAGACACAAUCAUGAAUGACGCUGAUGAAGGUGAGUCUGAAGACGAAGCACUGUUCCUCGACACUGGGACACGAAAAUCUGCGACCUCAAAAAAACGAUCCAGCGAUAUAAAGAAGGAGCGCGAAGACAAGGCCGCGAAGCUGCGCAAGAUGAUGGAAUCUGACGAUGAAGAGGAAGCCGCCGCGCCCAGAGUGGAAGAGGCAACCGGCAUGGAAAAUGACGAGCCUCCAGCCGCGAAGAAGGGCACAGACGUGGACACGGUGGCAAAGGACGACGGAGAUGACCAAGUGGCGUGGUCAGAUUCGGACACCGAGAAGAAACAAGCAUCCAACGGAGAAAAGUCCGAACAACAAGGCGCAGCCACGGCGCCGCCCAUACGGCGUCGGCGCGGCAAGCGUAAAGUGAUGCGAAAGCGCACGACGAAGGAAGACGGCUACCUCGUGACACGGGAGGAAGCAGUGUGGGAGAGCUUCAGCGAGGACGAACCCGAACCCCCUCCGCGGGCGAUCAAGAAGGAAGCGCCGAAGAGCAGCGCGCCCAAGACGCACAGUCAGGGAUCAUCCAGUAGUCAGGCCCAGAACCAUACCAGCAAGACAGGGCUGGGAGGGAAGAAGAAAGGGCUCGGGGGUGGAGGGAACAUUAUGAGUUUCUUCGGGAAGAAAAAUGCAUAA